AACGAGAUUAUUAUAGUUUAUAAGUAUAUUAUUAUUAUAUAUGAUCUAUUUGUUUUAAUAUUAUAUUCAAGUAAUUUAAACCUUAUUCAAGAAAAAUUACACUCAACAGUAUUGAUCACUUAUUAUAUCUAUUAAUAAUAGUUUGUUAUCAUGGUAACACAAGAGCCCACUUUUUGACAAAAUUAUCUAUAAAUGCAUUUUUGGCAUAUUUUUUGACGAUUUUAAUGCAUUUUCUUUGUAUUUAGAGUAUUUUUCAGAAUUUGUACAUAAAUGAAUGAACAUUUUUGCGGUUAACAAGAAGCUUUGGAUAAACUACAAAUGUCCGAACAAUAAAUUAUAUAGCAUUUUAAGUCAGGGUAAUCAAAUUGCACUUAUUAUCUAAAACAAAAUGUACGAAUUCACUUGAGUUGAAAAAAUGUAAUGGUCGAAUUGCACUCGAGUAAAAAGCAGGUAGUGGUCAAACUGCACUUCGGCUCAAAAAAAGGAAUAAAAAUCCUUUUAUGUAUCUUCAUAUAUAUGACAAGUAUACAAUUCCACAACGUAUCUUAAAAUAUAAAAUUAGAAACAUCAAACAUCAAACAUUAGAAUCUGAACAGACACAAAUUUAACACAUAAUAUUUUAAAAUAAAAUUGGAAAACAACAAAUUGUUUUUACCUAUUUACAAAAUACUGCAAUUCGACAGAUACCGAAAGUAAUAUUAUAAUAUAAUAUGAUGUCAUCAUACGCCAUUGUUAGAACCCAUACAAAUACGAGUAGAUCACCUAGCAUGUUUUAGAAGCAUCAAUCGUCGUCUCCUGUACAUCGACCCUAACCUUACAUAAAUAUGGAAGAACCACAGUACAGAUAUCCAAGAGCGAGUGUUAUUAACAUCAAUGUCAGUGCCUGUUAUCUUAUAGAAAGGCAAUUCAAUAUACUUGUAUUUUAACGAGUGGAUAGGCAACCAAAUACAACGACGACAAUGAGGAACGGGAAGUUGACUGACACGGUCGUUUUGGAUUCUUAUAUUCGUUCUUAUGAUAUCAAUAACACUUAAAGCGCUGAGCGUUUUGGUAAAUGUUUGGAUUAAUCAUCCAAUAGUAAUGUUUAUUGAAAAUACAGAAUCGCCAAUUCAAGAAAUACCCUUUCCGUCGAUCGUGAUUUGCCCAUCGAGUCAAAUUCGAAAAUCCGUUUGGGAGAAACAUAUGAACACGAACAGUACUUAUUGGAAUAAUCUUAAAAUAUAUAGGGAUAAGACAUGUACUGCUAAUGCGUAUACUCAAAGAUCAGAACACAAUUUCAUAGAAUAUGUUGAUUAUGAUAUAAUAAAGAAUAGUUUGCAAGAUUCUGGGAUUAGCUGUGCAGAAAUAUUUCAGUCUGAUAGUAAAUGGCAGAAUACAACGUUGAAAAAUGUUUGCGAAUAUAUUCAACCAAUAAUAGGCAUAUUUGGAUUAUGUUAUACAAUUAACAUGAUGCCAUUAAAUCAAAUGCUUAAAGAUAUGUAUUAUCAGAGAUAUUCUGAUUUUUUCUCAAAAAAUAUUACGUAUGUUGAUACUGGAAAAUCAAAUUGGAAUUUAGAAAAUGGAUACUCAUUUUAUACGAACCAACAUGAUACUAUUGUUGACGUGACUCCUGCUCGAACGAAUGGUGUUAGUUAUAACCAUCGUUUAAGACUGAUGCUACACAAUUUGGAUGACGAAUUUUUGGGUUGUACUAACCUGGGUAUUGGAAAUGGUAGAUUUUUGAUUACGUUUUCUAAUCCAGCUGAAUAUUAUUCAUUAACUCCUAGAAAAUUUAUUACACCAGAUACAUACACAAAAAUACAAAUCACUCCGUUCGUGAAAAAAAUUAAUUCUGACUUAAUGUGGCGUUCACUGGAAAUCAGACAAUGUUAUUUGCAAGACGAAAGACAGCUAUCCAUUUUUCAACAAUACACUGAAUUAAAUUGUAACCGUGAAUGUGAAAUAAACAAAACUAUUUCCAUGUGUGGCUGUGUAAUGUUCGAGGGAGCAUUUUUAGGACCAAAUAACAUUAAAAUAUGUGGCCCAGCAAAAAGAAAUUGUGAACAGGAUGCUAUACAAUCGACCAAGUUGCCGGAAAAUCAAUAUGAGUGUAAUUGCUUGCCAACAUGUUCCAUGAUCGAAUAUGAAGUAGUAGAUACCUCUCAUUUUGACGAUUGGAAUUAUUUGAAAUUAACAAAUUUAGUAACAAAUAAUUCUAGAGGUGCUACGAUUGAAUUUGUUUUCAAAAAACCUUAUUUUACAGCGUAUACAUCCUCAUCGAUAUUAAACCUGAAAUCACUAAUUAGUAACAUUGGAGGAUUAUUAAGUUUAUUUUUGGGAAUAAAUUUAGUUAACAUUUUUGAAAUACUAUUUGUUUUAAUGAAAAUUAUCAAUAAUUAUAUUAUUUGUUUAUUUUUUACUACAUCAAACAUGUAGAAUUCUUUAAUUUACUCGUAAGCAAAUUUUAAUAAUUUUAUUCUAAUAUUUAUGUUAUG